UUAAAAAAAGAGUGACUAUUGGAGUUUUGAAAGGUUUGACUUGUGACAUUAGACAUUUGAGGUUUGCUGACUAAGUUCAGUGAUGUCAGGUUUGGGCUGGAGCGCACAUAUAUACAAUUGUGCAGUGCAGACAGAAUUAGUUUUGUUUCCUGUGUUAGAUAGAGAACACUGACUAAGAGAAUGAUGGCAAGAACAAUGAAGUCUCUGCAGAUCACCUUCUUGCUGUUGGUUGUUCUUUGUCUCAGCAACUUUAUUGCAAGUGCAGAUGAGAUCAAAUAUAAAGGUGACAAUUGCACCAUUAAGUGUACUGAACAUCAGAAAGAAGCUUUAGGUGUGGGUCUGUUCAGGAGACGUGAGACCACACAAGAAGUCCUCUACUACUUUUUUAAAACUGGAAAAAUGAGUCCCCAUCCAGACUACAAGGAACGUGUUAAAGUCGAAUAUGACAACAAGACUCUGACUAUACACAUCACUAACCUACAGCUGACAGACACUGGGGCCUACUGGUGCACCUGUAAUACUCUUGAUUUUGUAAUAAUGCCAAAAUCUGAAGAAUGUAAAAUAGGAGAACAAGGUGUUUUUCUUCUGGUACAUGAGCGAUCGAUCGAACCAGCCCCUUCUUCAAGUGAUAAGCUGGGUGGCAUGAAUGACCUAAUGAUACCAGUGACGGCUCUGACAGCUGGCAGUGUGCUCUUACUGUUACUCCUUGUGUUCGGAGUGUGGUUUGUGCCCAAGAUAAAGAAAAUGAUCAGAAAAAGAGAAGAAGAAAAAGUAGAAGAUGAGAAAAGGUGUAACAAUGGAGUGUACGAGGUCAUGACUAUUCAACGAAGGACAGAGUGUAUAUAAAACAUUCACAUAUACCCCUUAUAUCACAAAAUUAUUUUUUUAUAAUGCCAAGUUAUAUAUUUGUAUAUAAAAAAGAGUAACUUGUUUUUGUACUGUUGUGCUUAAUGCUGUGACUCAUUCAGCUCAUUUAGUUCCAUGCACCUACUUAAGAUCAAUCUGACUGAGGUUGGGUUUCUGUAUAAUAUGGUAACAUUUGUGGUUUGGAUGAAUGAGUCAAUCUCUUUUCAAAGUCUAUAUUUAUUUCAACUUUGCAUAAAUGUUCAAAACCUUUAGCAUUAAAUAAGUGAUUAUGUUUUGGCUGUAGAUACUAUGCUUUGAUUCUCUUUUUAUUACCUAUGCAUUUGUUUUUUUCAGUAUUCAGUGAAUGAGUUUGCUGGUAUGUGGGUUCUACAUAUUGUGUAAUAAAGUGUAUCGAACUGAACUGAAUAAUAUCAUUCAGUGUGGAUGUUGCCCUCAAUAGACACCUGAUGUAAAUAUUUUGGUAACGUCAGUGUAUAGAUUCAGUAAUACACAUUUAAGUGCUGUUUUACAAGAACAAUGGCAAAUGUUCACUCUCACCAAUAACAACAAAAAAAAAACUGGAUUUGAAAA